AUGAGUGACUUACGGGGAAAGAAGGGCGUUUCUCCGAUUGGGCCAAGGGAAAAGUCCGUGGGAAUCGGAGAUCUCCAGUUUGCAAGAGAGCGGAGGAGUCGCUGCGAUCUCGUCGACCUGUCGAUUGCCGCAUUACGAAAAGGAAGGGGGGAUCAAGUGACUUGGCCCAACGUUCGCCUUCCGCCGCCGUAUAGCAGCUGCUCCCGGCAACCCAACCGCAAUACUAUUCUGCCCUCCAGCCAGCUCAAUCUUCCCUUUACCAUUCCACGCAUCUUAAUUACAUUAGCCACUCGCCAAUCCUACUGA